AUGAUUUUGUGCGUUGACAUAAGAACCUCUGUGACCGAACACCUUGCUCAUGCAUAUCGGAAAUGUGGCUCUGAUUUCUUUUCAAGAUUUGCGAAAGUUAUGUACUUGGUUGCGGGCAAGAUCAAAAACGGCUUUCUGCCGUGCCUUCUGGCUGAGUCCGUUGUCGUCCUUGGUCGCUGGCUGCGUGAGAGGGCUGGGGGAGGCACCAGGGGCAGCGCCCAGCGGCGCUGUGUUGGGGGCCUCACCUGCUGUCUACAGGGCGCUGCAAAGUUGGCGGAAUCUGACGACAACAGGCAUUCUGUCACAGGGAGGGGCGGAAAUGCUCAAAUGGCACGGAGAGGCGGUAAGUUGUGA